UUCAGACCAGACUUGUUGAUCUCCAUUAAGAGACAGCACAAGGAAAGAGAGGCGCUUUCCUUUGUAUCUUUAAAACGAGAAAAUGUGGCUCCAUCUUGGAAUGUAAACGGGGGCGGAGGGAGAGAGCCUCAUCCAAGUGCAGGCCUUGGGAAGCUGCUUGCAAAAGGAUCCUGGGAAUAAUCUGCAGCUUUCCGGCGUCUGUGGACCCAUUUGCCUUGCUUCCCUUCCCCAGCCCUCCCAGCACUGGGGUUCUUGGACAUACUGGAAUAUUACUGUGAUCUCUCUGCCCAAGGCUUCCAGGGAGCCAGUGCAAACGGCCUCAGCUUGCUGAUCGCUUUCUGGCUGAUGCAGGAUGUAGCCACCCGUUAGGUUCCCUGUUGGCCGUCGACUGCCCGGCUUUGAUCCUUGGCGAAGAAGCUCUUUGGCAUGGAGGGGAAGGAGAACAGGUGAAGCCCGCCGGCUAGGAAGCGUGAGCGCCCGGCCCCGCGGAGCCUUCCCGAGGCAGCGAUGCCCGCGGGCAUGAACAAGCAUGGAUCUCGGUCGUCUACUUCUUUGCCUCCCGACCCCAUGGAGAUCGUUCGGAGCAAGGCCUGCUCCCGGAGGGUCAAACUCAACGUGGGGGGGCUGGCGCAUGAAGUUCUCUGGCGAACCCUGGACAGGCUGCCCCGGACCAGGCUGGGCAAACUGAGAGACUGCAACACGCACGAGUCCCUCAUGGAGAUAUGUGACGACUAUAACCUGGAGGAGAACGAGUAUUUCUUUGACCGGCACCCGGGGGCAUUCACGUCCAUCUUGAACUUCUACCGCACGGCCAAGCUGCACAUGAUGGAGGAGAUGUGCGCCUUGUCCUUCAGCCAAGAACUGGACUACUGGGGCAUCGACGAGAUCUACCUGGAGUCCUGCUGCCAGGCCAGGUACCACCAGAAGAAGGAGCAGAUGAACGAGGAGCUGAAGAGAGAAGCCGAGACGCUGAGGGAAAGGGAAGGGGAGGAAUUUGAUAACACCUGCUGCGCCGACAAGAGGAAAAAACUCUGGGAUCUUCUAGAGAAACCCAACUCUUCAGUAGCUGCCAAGGUAACUCUCAAAUCCCUGCUCACUAUUGCCCGUGGGGGGCUGAAACGGGUUCCUGACAGUCAACUGUCAUAA